UCAAAUGUCACCGCCUCCGUGAAGUCUUCCCCAUCGCUGCUGCAACUCAGAGCAUUUUUCGGAUACUGGUAAAAGCGAAUCUUUCCCGACUGCUUCUCGGAUGCCAGAGACCGUGUUAACUCUCUGAGCGUUGACUCCUGCAACCUUCAAGGCAACUUUUUGGAAUCAGUUGGUGUUACUACCCCCAUUUAAGAAAAAAUGAGCUUCAUGUGAUAAGGCCGGGACACAGAUCCAGGCAGCACGGCUCCGGGGUCCACCUCUACCCGGGUUGUGCCCCUGGAAAGGCGUUGUAUUAACCUACCGAAAUGGUUUCCUUGUCUCAUUCACGCGUCCCGGAGCAAAGGCUCUGAGAGAGUGCACCGCACCAGCCACGUAGAAGGUGCUGGCUGGCAGACGGUGAGGAAUAAAGCAGACAUUAAAGAAAGUCCACGCCAGUAAACACACAGGUCCUGCUGUGCGUCCUGGCGGGAAAGGUUGGAAAUGCGAUGCGGGGCUCCAGCACCAGGGCGGGAUGAGACCCGGCCUGACCACUAAGGGGCAGGCUGGGGUUCAAGCCCAGGCUGGGUGCCACUCACCAACAGAAAGCUGCAGGAUGAGACCGGCCUGCGGAGGAGAAGGGAGGGAAGGAGGCAGUGAGGAGGCCGUAUUGUCUGCACCUUGGUCUCCAGCGCCCCAGCCAGGGGCCCAGCACACAACAGGCGCUGAUUCGUCAGGUGUGCCUACGUCAUCAUCCUCAUGGCCGUGUACUGGUGCACGGAGGUCAUCCCCCUGGCCGUCACCUCCCUCAUGCCGGCCUUGCUCUUCCCGCUCUUGAAGAUUCUGGACUCCAAGCAGGUGUGUAUCCAGUACAUGAAGGACACCAACAUGCUGUUCUUGGGCGGCCUCAUCAUGGCCGUGGCCGUGGAGCGCUGGAAUCUGCACAAGAGGAUAGCCCUGCGCACGCUCCUGUGGGUGGGGGCCAAGCCAGCACAGCUGAUGCUGGGCUUCAUGGGCGUCACGGCCUUUCUCUCCAUGUGGAUCAGCAACACGGCCACCACGGCCAUGAUGGUGCCCAUCGUGGAGGCCAUGUUACAGCAGAUGGAGACCGCCGGCUCCGCUGAGGCCGGCCUGGGGGCCCUGGAGCUGGCAGACAAGGGCAGGGCCAGCCAACUGCCAGGGAGCCAAGUGACCUUCGAAGGGCCCCCCGAGGGGCUGCGGGCCGACCGCGACCGGAGGAGCGUGCGCAAGGCCAUGACCCUGUGCGUGUGCUACGCGGCCAGCAUCGGAGGGACCGCCACACUGACAGGGACGGGGCCCAACGUGGUGCUCCUGGGCCAGAUGCACGAGUUGUUUCCGGACAGCAAAGACCUGGUGAACUUCGCCUCCUGGUUUGGCUUUGCCUUUCCCAACAUGCUGGUGAUGCUGCUGCUGGCCUGGCUGUGGCUCCAGUGCGUCUACAUGAGGUUCAGUUUUAAGGCGUCCUGGGGCUGCGGGCUGGAGAGCAGGCAUCACGAGAAGGCCGUGUAUGAGCUGCUGUGGCAGGAGUACAGGAAGCUGGGGCCGUUCUCCUUCGCCGAGGCCAACGUCCUGCUCUGCUUCCUCCUGCUGGUCGGCCUGUGGUUCUCCCGGGACCCCGGCUUCAUGCCCGGCUGGGUGUCGCUGGCCUGGGAGGAGGGCGAGACAAAGUACGCGUCUGACGCCACCGUGGCCACCUUUGUGGCCACCUUGCUGUUCGUAGUGCCUUCGCAGAGGCCCCAGUUCAACUUCCGUGGCCAGACGGAGGAGGAAAGGAAAACUCCAUUUUAUCCCCCUGCGCUGCUGACCUGGAAGGUGACCCAGGAGAAAGUGCCCUGGGGCAUCGUGCUGCUGCUGGGGGGCGGCUUCGCACUGGCCAAAGGAUGUGAGGCCUCGGGGCUGUCGGAAUGGAUGGGGGAGCAGAUGGAACCCUUGCACUCUGUGCCCCCGGCGGCCAUCACCUUGAUCCUGUCCCUGCUUGUUGCCGUGUUCACCGAGUGCACGAGCAAUGUGGCCACCACGACCCUAUUCCUGCCCAUCUUCGCCUCCAUGUCACGUUCCAUCGGCCUCAACCCGCUGUACGUCAUGCUGCCCUGCACCCUGAGCGCGUCUUUUGCCUUCAUGCUGCCCGUGGCCACCCCGCCCAAUGCCAUCGUGUUUGCUUACGGACACCUCAAGGUUUCUGACAUGGUGAAAACAGGACUCAUGAUGAACAUAAUCGGAGUCUUCUGUGUAUUUCUGGCUGUCAACACGUGGGGACGGGUCAUCUUUGACUUGGACCAUUUCCCUGACUGGGCUAACCUGACACACGCGGAGACCUAG